AUGCGCUGUGUGACGCCUUGGAAGGCCGCUUGCGGCUUUGGCCGCUUCCUUUUCAUCGCCGGCGUCUUCGCAAUCCCAACGACCGCCAACUCGGUCGACACUUACGACUAUGUGGUUGUCGGCUCCGGUCCCGGAGGUGGUCCGUUGGCCGCCAAUCUAGCCCGAGCUGGGUUUAAGACUCUCUUGCUCGAGGCUGGCGACGACGAGAGCGCUGCCGAGGUCACCAACGUCAUGGCGUUGACAAACACUGCUGAUACGACUAACAUGACCUGGACCUACUGGGUUCGUCAUUACGAUGACGACGAGUUGACUAAGAAAUACCAACAUCUAACCUGGAGACUUCCGAACGGAAAUCUGUGGGUUGGUCCAGGCAGCUCUGCACCCGCGGGAGCAGAGAUAGUUGGCAUCCAAUAUCCCCGUGGCGCUACACUCGGAGGAUCGUCCAUCGUAAAUUCGGCCUUGACUGUACUUCCCGCCAAUAGCGAUUGGGAUUACAUCAAAAAUCUCACCGGAGAUGACUCAUGGAAUGCCGUACACAUGGGGGAUUUAUUCAUCAAGUUGGAAAAGAAUCAAUACGUCCCUCGUGGUACCCCUGGCCACGGCUACGAUGGGUAUCUUGAAACUGUCUUGGGUAACGGGACCGUCCUUCUCUCCUCGCCUCAAGCAACAUCGGUUCUGGAGGCCAUGGCUGCCGAGGCAGGCCAAGACCCCAAGGACCUGGCAAGCAUUCUGAACAUCGACCCGAACCAGACUUUGAACCCCAACCGGGACCAGAUUACAGGUCUCUUGGGAAACCCUCAACACGCCAAUGCCACUUGGGCCCGUUACAGCGCCAGGAAGCGAGUACUGGAUACCUUGCGUGCUGUAAACGAGGAGGGCGAGAAGAGGUUCCCCUUGGAUGUCCGCCUGAAUUCCUACGCUACCAAGGUUCUAUUCGACAAACCUCAGGGAGAUUCGCUGCCUCGCGCUAUUGGUCUUGAGUACCUGGACGGCAAAAGCGCCUUCCAGGGGGACCUCCGCUAUGAUUCGACAGUCGCCAAGCCUUCACGCAAGGUCUAUGCUCUCAAAGAGGUCAUUGUUAGCGGUGGAUCGUUCGGCUCGCCUCAGCUGUUGUUGCUAAGCGGCAUUGGACCGGCUGCCGAUCUCGAGGCCCUAAAUAUUCCGGUUAUCGCCGAUCUGCCGGGUGUUGGCCGCAACAUGCAGGACCACAGCGAGAUUGCUGUCAUCGGCCACGGUACCCAAGCUUUCGACUACUCCGCUGCUCCUGGCGGUGAUCCCUCCCAGUGCACUUAUGGGGCCCCUGGUGACCCGUGCCUCGAACUCUACCAUCAAGGACAGGGACCCUAUACUCAACCCAGUCUCCCGCAGCUGGCCUUCCUUAAGACCAACCACACCGCCGACGACGAGCGAGACAUUGCCAUCUUCCUCGGUUCUUUCGGAUUCCGUGGCUUCUGGCCCCGCAACACUGGACAAUCGUGGGAUGAUCCCCCGACGACAUGGGGUAUGCACAGCGUCCACAUCCACGGAAACAACACGGCUGGAUACGUCAAGCUCCGCUCUGCCGACCCAACCGCGACGCCAGAGAUCAACUUCCGAUCCUUCAGCGGUACAGGCGCCUCGGACGACAUAGCCGCCAUGAAGGAGUUUCUCGCCUGGGGCCGCCGUGCCUUUAACCGCGUCCAGGCACCGUUUGCCCCUUAUAACAUCAGCUGGCCACCAUGCGCUGGCACUGUGGGUGCCGAUGGAAGCUGCUCUGUGGAGAACAGUGACGAAGACUUCAUCCGCGAAAACACCUUCGGCCAUCACGUGAUUGGCACCUGUUCCAUCGGCUCCAACUCUGACAAGAACGCAGUCUUGGACUCUAAGUUCCGUGUUCGUGGUGUUUCUGGCUUGCGAGUCGUCGAUGCUAGCGCUUUCCCUAGGUCCCCUGGAGCUUUCCCAGUUGCUGGUGUCUACAUCUUGAGCGAGAAGGCGUCAGAAGCUAUUCUCUUAGGCUAA